GGGACCGGCUGAUAGCAGCAGACGUGUGUACGAUUCAUCUUAUUCUUCUUCUUCUUCGGUUUGUUGGCGGACUUCAGACAACGUGGGAAGUUGUUACCGCCACCUACGGUGCGGAGGGUUCACCCGCCUACCUUACUUCUACGCCUCCCCUGAUUGGACCUGCCUUAAAGCGUCACAAUAGCGACAUCAGUUAUUCGUUGUAGACUUUUGGCGGGGCGGAAGCGACUUCUUCAAAAAUAAAACAAAACAAAACGCCGCAGAACCGUGAAACGAAAGAAGCGCCGUUCUGAGGAUGGACGUCCGAGAGGCUCAUGGCGACGUGGAGGCUAUUUCCCAGAAACUGGACGAGUGUUUGUCAGUGGACUCGGACGACAAGAUGACCACCUACCACAGAUUGAUUCUGGAAGCUAAGGAUGCCGGCAGAGGAGGCGACAUGAAGGAAGCGCUGAAGCUCUUCAAGCUGGCGUACAACAUCCGGCAGAGCGAGAAGCUCAAAGGACGCAUAAAGAAAAUCGAGGAGCACCUCGCCCACAGCAACUCGGAGGAGGAGGAGGAGGACGACGACUUCGUGGACGUCAACGGCAGCGGCUUGAUGCUCUUCAAGGAGCUGCAUGACAAGCUGUACGACUACCAGCGGGACGGAGUGGCCUUCCUCUUCAGCCUCUACCGGGACGGGCGCAAGGGCGGGAUCCUGGCGGACGACAUGGGCCUGGGGAAGACCAUCCAGGUCAUCUCCUUCCUCUCGGGCAUGUACGACUCGGAGCUGGCCAAGCACACCCUGCUGGUCAUGCCCACGUCCCUCAUAACCAACUGGACAAAGGAGUUCGCCAAGUGGACUCCAGGCAUGCGGGUCAAGGAGUUCCACGGCACCGGCAAAGAGAGGACCUUGAAUCUAGAGAGGGUCCAGAAGCGGAGCGGCGUGGUCCUCACCACCUACAACAUGGUCAUGAACAACUGGCAGCAGCUGUCGUCGCACAACGGCAGAGAGUUUAGGUGGGACUACGUCAUCCUGGACGAGGCGCACAAGAUCAAGAACACGUCCACCAAGUCGGCCAAGAGCGCCUACGCCAUCCCGGCCAGGAACCGGGUCCUUCUCACGGGCACUCCGGUCCAGAACAACCUGAAGGAGAUGUGGGCCCUGUUUGACUUUGCGUGCAACGGCACCCUGCUGGGCACGGCCAAAACCUUCAAGACCGAGUACGAGAACCCCAUCACCCGGGCCAGGGAGAAGGACGCCACCCCCGGGGAAAAGGCCCUCGGGUGCCGGAUGUCCGAGAACCUCAUGACCAUAAUCCGACCGUACUUCCUCCGCAGGACCAAGGCGGAGGUGCAGAAGAACAAAGUGGACAGGGCAAAGCGGGAAGACCCAGAUGGGCGAGUCCCGGAGGACUCUGGAGCCGUGAUGCCGACGCUGAAGAGGAAGAACGACCUGAUCGUCUGGACCUACCUGAGCUCCGUCCAGGAGGACAUCUACAGGCAGUUCCUCUCUCUGGAGCACAUCAAGGAGCUGCUCAUGACCACGAGGUCGCCUCUUGCCGAACUGAACAUCAUGAAGAAGCUGUGCGACCACCCGAGGCUGUUCUCCCCCGCCGCCAUAGCCAAGCUGGGCCUGGGGGAGAGUGAGGCCGAGGGUCAGCAGGGCGGCGACCCGGACCCGGACACGGGGAGCAUCGCCAACGUCCCCGACGACACCCUGAUCUCGGAGUCCGGGAAGCUGGUGUUCCUCAUCGCUCUCCUGGAGCGGCUCCGGGGCGAAGGCCACCGCACGCUGGUCUUCGCCCACUUCAGGAAGGUGCUGGACAUCCUCGAGCGCAUCUUGGGCAACCGGGGCUUCAAGGUGGUGCGGCUGGACGGAACCAUCACGCAGAUCGCCCAGCGAGAGCAGCUCAUCACCCGCUUCCAGACGGACCGGAGCUACUCCGUGUUCCUCCUCACCACCCAGGUGGGGGGCGUCGGCAUCACCCUGACGGCGGCCGACCGGGUUGUGAUCUACGACCCCAGCUGGAACCCGGCGACUGACGCGCAGGCGGUGGACCGGGCCUACCGCAUCGGCCAGAAGGAGAACGUCGUCAUCUAUCGGCUGAUCACCUGCGGCACGGUGGAGGAGAAGAUCUACAGGCGGCAGGUCUUCAAGGACUCCCUCAUCCGGCAGAACACCGGGGACAAGAAGAACCCCUUCCGCUAUUUCAGCAAGCAGGAGCUGAAGGAGCUCUUCAUCCUGGAGGACACACGGUCCUCCUCCACCCAGCUGCAGCUGCAGGCCCUGCACGCCCGGCACCGGCACACAGACCCCGAGCUGGACCAGCACAUCGCCCACCUGCACGCCAUGGAGAUAUUCGGCAUCUCUGACCACGAUCUCAUGUUCUCCCUCGACGUCAACCACGGCGAGGAGGCGCCGGAGGACCAGGAGGCGCACCACUACAUCGAGGGUCGGGUCCAGAAGGCCCAGGAGCUAAUGAAGGCCGAGUCGGAGCUGCAGUUGCAGCUGGCGGAGAGCAUGGCGUCCGGCACGGAGGCGGCGUGGCUCCGACAGCCGAGGAUCAGCGAGCGGGAGCGGCCCCCCAAGGAGAGGAGUCCCUGUCCUUCCCUCCCGGACCGCGGGCUCAGCAGAUCCCCCCCUGUUGUCGUGGAGUCGGACCGGUCCGGUUCUGACGACGUCAUAGACCUCACGGCGGAUGAAAGAACGUCAGAAGAUCCGCCCGUUGUUCUGGGAGGAGCCCGAGAAGAGCGAUCAGAGCAGAACCUGUCGGUGGACCGGGAGGAGAGGGACGCCUCCCUGGAGGAGGUGAUUGAGGAGUCUCUGGUUGAAGAACCGAUGGGCCGGUCGCUGGAGGCCAUCCCGCCGGUCGAUGGAGACGUCGCUCCGCCGCGGAACCAGAGGCUCUCGCUCCUGAAGCUGGAGACGGAGGCGUCGCCUUCUGGGACUGGCUCGGGACUCGAGUCCUUUGAGGGCAACUUCAACUUGGAGCUGGAGGAGAGCGACGUGUCAGACGAGGUUCUGGAUCCUCGGGACACCGAUGAAGAGGAGCUGAAGCUGCUGUCCAAGCUGCAGUCGGAGGGAAGCUUCGACGUUUACAAAUCGCUCUCAGAGAGUCGGCACCAAGAAGAACUCGGCCAGAGUCUGGACGAAAUGGACCAGUCCGUCGUGGUCGCCAAGAAGAAGAGGGCCGCAGUGAUUUAUGACAGUGAAGAAGAGAACCCCGAAGACCACGAGGCUCCACUCAACAACUCCUUCCAGGUACUCGGAGCCUCCACCCCCAAAUGUGGCCCCGCCGCUCCUCGGUCGAGAAAGAGCGUCGGAGGAAACACCUCAGUGGCCUCCCGCCGGUCCUUCAUCAUGUCCUUGAUCCAGGACGUUGACCUCCGACCCACUGACGUAGCUGAUGAUGAUGAUGAUGAUGAGCUUUCAGGAACGCGCCAUGACGAAGAGGAAAUUCUUGGUUCAUCUCUUGAUGAGCAUCGGCGGGAGGACUCAGUGGAAGAGACAUCAAAUGAGGAGCAGGAGCCUGGACAGGAAGCGAGCAGUAUCAUGGAGGAAGAGGAGGAGUCUGGACAGGAAGUGAGCAGUAUCAUGGAGGAAGAGGAGGAGCCUGGACAGGAAGUGAGCAGUAUCAUGGAGGAAGAGGAGGAGCCUGGACAGGAAGUGAGCAGUAUCAUGGAGGAAGAGGAGGAGCCUGCACAGGAAGUGAACAGUAUCAUGGAGGAAGAGGAGGAGCCUGCACAGGAAGUGAACAGUAUCAUGGAGGAAGAGGAGGAGCCUGCACAGGAAGAGCUGAGCUUCUUCUCGCUGGUCUCCAGAGGGAAGCAGAGCCGCAGCGAGGGGAACCUGCACGAGGCCUUGAGCUUCUUCCUGAGGGCCGUGGACCUGAAGCCUGGAGACCCUGAGGUCCAGCUCAUGACCAUCCAGCUGUACCGGAGGCUGAGCGAGAGGAGCUGAGGCUGCAGUUCUUAGAAAGAAAGAGGGAAGAGACAUUAAACCAGUGGAUUAGAAUGAAUACAUAGAGAAUAUGCUGCUGGUGAGAUUAUUAAUCAAUAGUUACUUCAAGAAAAAGGUAUAUUUUAAGUGAUUUAGAACGUUUUGUAUUUGGGGAAAUAAUAUAAACUAUUUAUUUAGUUUAUAAAAGUUACAGUUCAUACAAUCUCGUUUUUUGGGAUGAACUUGCAACGGUUAUUGUUGCAGACGCCUCAUUGGCUGCCUGAUGGAUGCGUUUAAAUACAGUGUCGGGACCUGCCGGCGGUGUUCCGGUGACGGCUGAACUGCAUUCAAAGUAGCAUCAAAUUAUAAUAAAGUUAUAGUGUUCGAGGGGGCGCUUGUUUUGCCCCUCUUUACGCCCGACGCAGGCGCAGUUAGAACUUUUCUUUCCAGCUCGUAGUUUUUUUUGACGUCAUCAGAAAGCCAUAACUGGCUCCACCGGUGAGACUUCAAAAUAAAAGCUCAACUCAAAUUUUGACGGAACAGAGUAGAGCCGGUUACUGUUUUUACAUUAAGUUUGGUAUGAACGGAUGCAUUUCAUUUUAACUUGCGGAAGAAGAGUGGUUUUUUCUCUUUCUCUGUCUAUUUUUUAGUUUUAGUGAAAUGGACCAACAUUAUAUAAUUAAUGAUCAGUGCUUUAAAAUAAACUAAAGCACACUGUAAUUCAAAUAAAUGAAUGUGC